UUUAAGGGACAGUUGUGAGUACGUGACCCGUUUUCGUUUAUGUGUCUUCGAUCGCUCCUAGAUUUUUGUUGCAAGCGCAUCUCAUUCAAGUCGGCCAUUUUACUGAUAAUGUUUUUACAUUAUUACGAGAACUUCGUGGUGUUAUUUCGUGUUUGAAUACUUCGGACAUUUUAGUUAAUUAAAUAAAGUAAAAGAAAGACGUAAAAACAAAUAUGGUGGUGUGCGAAAUGGUGUGAAAUCAAUGUUAUAAACUAUGAAACUUUGUUGAUUUACUUCGGUGAUCGUAAAAUAUUAGAAUGUCGGGAUCUGUGGAUGAUGCUGGUUCUUCGGGUGGUGUGGCGAUUCAAGUGUUUCGUCCUACAUGGGACGAGUUCAAGGAUUUUAACAAGUAUGUACAGUACAUGGAAUCCAAGGGAGCUCAUAAGGCUGGCCUGGCUAAAGUGAUUCCUCCACCUGAGUGGGUCCCACGGAAGAAGGGAUACGAUCUGGACGAGCUGAACAUCACGAUACCGUCGCCGAUAUGUCAAGUGGUGACGGGGAAGCAGGGUUUAUUUCAACAAAUUAAUAUACAGAAGAAAUCCAUGACAGUGAAACAGUUUGCUGUGCUAGCCAACUCCGCUAAGUACUGCACGCCUCGUCACACCAACUACGACGAUUUAGAGAGGAAGUAUUGGAAAAACGUGACCUAUGUGGCACCGAUCUAUGGCGCUGAUGUCAACGGCAGCAUCACCGAUCCCGAUGUAAAGGAAUGGAAUAUAAACCACCUGGGGACGAUUCUUGACUUUGUCAACUCUGAUUAUGGCAUUGAAAUUGAUGGAGUCAAUACGGCAUACCUGUACUUUGGUAUGUGGAAAACUACUUUCGCUUGGCACACUGAAGAUAUGGACUUGUACUCGAUAAAUUAUCUCCAUUUUGGUGAACCGAAAACAUGGUAUGUCAUACCUCCUGAACAUGGGAAGAGAUUUGAACGUAUUGCUGCCGGUUUCUUUCCCACGUCAGCUAAAACUUGCCAAGCCUUCCUGAGACAUAAAAUGACACUAAUAUCACCGCAAAUCCUUAAGCAAUACUCACUGCCGGUCAAUAAAAUAACACAAAAACCGGGAGAAAUUAUGAUUACAUUCCCAUAUGGCUACCAUGCUGGAUUCAAUCAUGGCUUCAAUUGUGCUGAAUCAACAAACUUUGCAGCACCGAGAUGGGUUGAAUAUGGCAAACGGGCACUGCAAUGCACAUGCAGCAAUGACAUGGUCAAGAUAUCGAUGGACACAUUUGUUAAGAGGUUCCAACCUGAUAGAUAUGAACUCUGGCUAAAGGGUCAAGAUAUAGGCUGUCAUCCCGAGCAGCCAGAGAAAAUGGUACCGGCCCCACAUCCCUCUGGACAAGAUAUUUUAUGUAACAAAAAUAAUACUGAGCUACCUGCAUCGUUUAUAGAGGCUGAGGUUGAAGGGUUGAAGAAGAAGAAACGACAUCCAUUACACUUGAAACGAGCCAUGGCCAGCAAGAGCAUAUCUGAAGGUGCAAUCGCAGUGUCCAUUCUGGGACACGAUGUGAUGGAUGACGAUGAGAUGACUAUGGCAGAGGGAGACUUAGACAUGAUGACGUCAAUGAAGAGACCUAUGAUGCCAUUAGACCCAGACGACACACAACUAGACGCUCUCGAAGAUAUCUGGCUGAAGGGAGAUGAGAUGGACCCAUCAGAGGCGCAGCUACCCGACAUUGGAUACAUAGACUCAGACAGAGAUUCAGACUAUAAAGCACCGCAGACAACAAAACGGAAGCAGACAAAAACCAGGCGAAAACGGAACAGCUCCAAGUCCAAAGAGAAGGUCGCGAGGUCACCACUGAAGGGAGAAUCUAGUCAGGAACAGUCCAAGAAACAGAAGAGAAAGAUGAAGACGAAGAAGCUGUCCGACGAACAGCUGGAAGAUAUGGCAGCUGUUAUAUCCACCUGGGAGUCUCCGCCGCACGAUAACGAAGACGUCAAAGACAAACCACCAUCACCGAAAGUGGAUCCCCUGAAUGAAACGGUUACAUCACAGAGUUCAGCCUUAGACACGACCACCGAAGAACUGUCAACAACGACUGACAAAGAGCCCAAAAAACGUAAAUCACUACCCAAAACUGAUAAAAAGGAUAAAAUUAAGAAGGAAAGAGUCAAAGAGCCAAUCAAAAGGGAGCCGAAAGUAAAGAAGGAAAAGGUGGAAGAGGAAAAAGAUAAAAAACCACGAAAACCCAGGAUCCCGAAGAUUAAACAGGAGAUGCCACUGCAACCUGAUGUUCAUAAUUCACCCAAGAUUUACACCUCCAGCACUUUACCCAGAACCAUGGCAGCCUCUAGUGCAUCUACGUCGAAGAUUCCACUUCCCCUGAACACCCCACCGAAGCCGUACGCUGGCUUGCUUCUAGACGCCAAUCUCCGAGUACCCACAAUAAUACAGCCCAUCAACAAAAACCCCAGCGCCUUCGAGGGCGAGUUCUACAAAUUCAUGGAAAGGAAACAGAACUCCCCAGAGCACAUCAUACCCAGGAAGUCAUCCACAGAUAAGGUGAUAGUUGAAAGAGUGCUUCCUGAGAGCCCAGUCAAGGUACAAGACAUACCAUUACCCAUCGGCCAGUACAACGACAAUAUAUUCCUGGAUACUCCAAUAGAUUACCGGACGCAACCUCCAGCUGGCACCAGAGCCAAUCCCCAUCCCAACUACCCAUGGAGGCCGACUCAGAGGCAGGGUUCCUCCAUCCAGCCGGUUUUGAACUCAAACCAAUUCUACAGGAGCCCAUACCAAUCCCCAUGGCAUAAAUAAGAUGCGUCGCUCUAAAUAAUCGCUAUUAAGUUAUGUUAAGGUAUGAUCCGAUGUCUGUGUGUACAGUUGACUAAAUAAUAAAAGUUAUAAAAAAUUUUCGUGUUCUAUUUUUCCUGUUUUUUUACAUUUAAAUCGGAUUUUCAUACCAUGAAUGUCUAUAUUAAUCGGAUCAUACCAGUCGAGUGCGUACAUGUUUGCACCAUCAAACUGAACGUGUCGAGUUUUUAGUUUGUAUUUCAUAAAUAAAUGUACGGCGAUAAAUUCUGUUUGGUGCAAACUUGUGGUAGGAAUACAGAUGUUUUUUUUUUUAUCAUGACUGAAGUGAUUUCAUAAGUAUGGAUCGGACCUUUGCCUUUGUAUUGUAGUGAAUUAAAAAAAAAGUCCUUACAUUUCAUAACAGAAGCGAAGUAAAUGUAAAAUAAUUUUUCAUUAAAAUUCCGUUUGAAAUGAGAUUAUAAAGCAAUAAUAAAGCGAUUAUAUUAUUUAGUUUUACGUGUCCAUAUAUUAUAGAUAAUUUAUUUCUUAGCUUAAUAGUUUGGACAAUGGACUUUCUUAUUGACGUCAGCUGUCAGAACCAAAAUGUCGUUUUGAAGUAACCGGAUGAUAGUUAAAUGUUUAAGAUAUGCCAUUGUAGUCUAUUUGAUAACUUUUAUAAAGUUUUAAUCUGAAUUAAUGACGUUUUAAUGUUUAUAGAUGUAAUAGAUAUGUUCUAGAUUAUAUAAUUAUAUAUAUCUAUAUAUGUUUCUACUACGUGAAGCUGAAUAUUUUAAGCAUUAUGCCAUUUUGUUUUUAGAUGUAAGGUCACUGAAAGGAGGUAUUAUAUUUAAUUUUGCUUUGAAGAUAUGUUUUUUUUUUUGUUUCCCAUUUUUUAUCGAGAUCACAGACAAAUAUGUUUUAGACUAAUAAAUCGUCCCGGCCUCGCUUGCCUCACGAGUAUAUUUAAGUGUUAAACACAACAGCUAGGAAUCACAGAUACUACGAAAGAGUAUUAAUUAAGUUAAGCAUAGGUUUUUUAAUGUAAAUAAUAAUAUGAGAGAAUUAAAUAAAUUGACAUUGA